ACUUGUCGCAGGCGCCUGGACAUCUGUUCCCCUUCCUUCUAACGUUAUUUCUCCGCAAGCUAAGAUAAAAUAAAUACUCGCACAAAUAAACAUGGAUGGUUUAUGUGGUUUUUGCACCCUGUUGAAUUUUAUGGACUGCAAUAGAGACAGUUACAGCUAACAGGAACUGAGACUUGGACAGAGACAAUGGAGACAGAAGAACAUCACCGAUGUGAAAAAUGUGGACAGAGUUUCUCAGACAGCGCCUUGUUUGCUUCUCACCUCUGUCCAGAGAGGUUGAUCACUCCAUCAUGUGACAAACGUUCAGGAAACUUCAAGUGCUCUCAGUGCAGUGAAGCCUUUCCCAAACCAGGUGUCCUUAAACGCCACUUUAGAACCACACAUAAAGGACUAGACCCUAAAGGCCCGUUCCUCUGCAGUGAGCAGGGCUGCCGGUUCAGCAGCACAGACCGACCGGGAUAUCAAACCCACUUGAUGUCCAAACACGGUCUCAGUCUUAUUCCUUGCACUGUGAAAUCAUGUAAAGCGUCAUUCAUCACACGAGAGGAGAUGGAGAAACACUUGCGGGGUCACAUGCCUUUUAGCUGCUUUCAGUGUCAGUUUGUCUGUCAGAAUGAAGAAGACCUGAGUGACCAUCUCUUGGAGCACAACCGUUCUCCAACUUUUACUCAAGGGUGCAAGACUGCAGACACAGCUUUAUUUACCGCUGGAUGCCACCAGCCUCAGGUGUCUGAAAGGCCAAAAAGAAAACUGAAAUCCAACCCAGCAUUAUCGUUAUCAGGAGAAGAGACUGAAGAACAGAUGAAGAGGCAGAGGAGCAACAUGAAAAUAGUGAGAAAGGAAGUGGAGAGAGACCAAACUUCAUCCCAGGAUCAUGCAACACUGCCAUCCAAAGAGUACCUUGCAGAGGGAUCCGAGCACAUCUAUCGCACACACACCUGCCCUAAGUGUCGGCGUUGUUUUAAGAUGCGCUCCCACCUGCAAGAGCACAUGCAUCUCCAUUUCCCUGACCCCAGCCUCCAGUGUCCCACCUGCAAACGCUUCUUCACCAGCAAGAGCAAGCUGCGCAUCCAUCGACUGCGAGAGGCCGGUGAAAAGCUCCACCAGUGCCACUUGUGUGCGUACUCUGCUGUGGAGAAGAACGCCAUCAGCCGUCACAUUGCAAGUGUGCAUGCUACAGAAAAUGAAGUCAAGAGUCAGAGCUUUCCUUGCCCCACCUGUGGUCAGAGCUUUCUCCAGAGCAGAGCGCUGAAGGCUCACAUGAAGGUGCACAACAUCCCGGCAGACAGCAGGACGGUGUCCUGCUUCCAUGAGGGUUGUUCUUUCCAGAGUUCUUCACAGAAAGAACUCCUUAGACACACUCUGGAGGAGCACGGAGUCAGAGCUGUAGAGUGUCAGCAUCAUGCCUGUGGAGCUGUUUUUCAAAAUGAGUCAGACAUGAAGGCUCACUACCACUCUCACCUUGCCUACCACUGCUCACAGUGUGAUUUCUCCUGCUCCAAUAAAGCCCUCUUCCUGCAGCACCAGCGGCAGGGUCACCCUGGCAGUGACAAGCUCUGCUGUGACUUUUGCUCCUUCGUCACGUUUAACCCCGUUGAGUUUGAGCAGCACGUCGGACACCUGCAUGCCAGCGAGAAGAUCCAUCAGUGCUCUCAGUGCAGCUUUGUGACAUCACACAAACGUGGCUUGAAGAGGCACAUGCUGAUGCAUAGUGGUGAGAAGCCUCACAAGUGCAGCCUGUGUGACUUCAGGUGCAGAGACGAGUCCUACCUCUCCAAACAUAUGCUCACUCACUCUGACAACAAGAACUUCAUGUGUGCCGAAUGUGGAUACGUCACCAAAUGGAAACACUAUCUGACUGUUCACAUGAGGAAACAUGCUGGAGACCUCAGGUAUCAGUGUGAUCAGUGCUCCUACCGCUGUCACCGUAUGGACCAACUGAACAGUCACAAGCUACGACAUCAGGCCAAGUCGCUCAUGUGUGAGAUCUGCGCUUAUGCAUGUAAGCGCAAAUACGAGCUUCGGAACCACAUGUUGGCCAAACAUUCAGGAGAGGAAAAACAGGCAUCUGUUUUUAAGUGCAAAUACUGCACAUACACAACCUGCUACAGACAAGCCCUGCAAAACCAUGAGAACUGCAAACACACCAAGAUCAAAGAGUUUCGCUGUGCACUCUGCUUCUACUCCUCUUUCAGCAGCAUCAGCCUGUUCUUGCACAAGAGGAAAACUCACGGUUAUGUACCAGGAGACAAAGCGUGGCUCGACAACUACGCUGCAAAGGAGAAGGAGAGGAACUCUACCGAACUCCUAAAGGACUUUUACAAUAAACCCUCAGCAGCUCAUGAGCAGUCUGAACAAUCCUCUUCUGAAGGACCUCCACCAGGUCAAACAGAACAGUCUGAUCCUCCUGGUUCAGCAGAUCACUGUGCUGAAAACGAUACUGUAGAUGGUUCACACACUGUGGAUUCUGCAGAUGUUCAUGAUGUUUCUCAAGAGGUUCCUAGUGAAGGGAUUUCAGAUGUCCCCACGUCCAUUAACAGUCCAGAGGAGUACUGCACACUUGUGUUAACGACACUAUCAACUGCUGACUAUCAACAUGAGGAAGAAAACCGCGCAAAGCAAACAUCAAGCCCACCCACUUUAAAUCCAAGUGGGUCAGAUAGUUCACAAGAGAAAGAAGAUGUCUCUACAUCUUCAUCGGAGAAAGACGACGUAGAAACUGACGAUGCAGGAUGUGAACAAAGUGACAUAGAUGACAACUGUGAGUCUCUGAAUGACACAAGUCAAACAACUCAACCUGAAGAUGAUCAACCUCAAACCUCCUCUUUGCUAUCAGAGAAGAGUCCGCCUCUAGAAUCUGAGCUCCGUCUGAAAGCAAUGAAGAAGCAUGACAAGGACCAAGCAGAAGCCAUGUUCUUAGAGGGCCGGGUGCAGAUGCUUGUGGUGCCAGCUAAAGAGGUUUAUCGCUGUAACGAAUGCUCCUAUGUAACCAGUAAGGAGACCGCUCUGAAGUACCACCGCAAGGCUGUGUGCCGUGGUCGUCUGAAGGGACAUAAAUGCCCGGCCUGUGGAGCACAGUUCAAACAGAAGAGAGGCUUUCAGAGCCACCUCACAAAGAAGUGCCCUGCUGUGCAGUGCAAAACAAGGACGUUUGUUGGUAUUUCAAAUACGUGUUUGACUUCAGGAGACAACUCUGGUGCUGGUAAGGAAGGAUCCAAACAACUGGGAGUAUGUACAGACCAGACAGAACCUCUUUCUCCACACGUUGGAAUCAGCACAGAAUCAAAUGAUCACAAUACGUCUAGAUCAAGUGAAUCCAGACAUCAGCAAGACAAAACACAGAGAGCAGAUGUUUCAAAACGUACAAAAAAACAUUUAAAAAACAAAUCAUUGACCUGUGACAAACAAAAAUGUUAUACACUGCAUCCCCUUCCCGCUGAAACAGAUGGGAAAUUCAAAUGUUCACUGUGCACUUUUUCAUCUGUGAAGCUAGCUACCGUUGAGAGACACUUCUCAAAAUGUAGAGAAAUAAGGAAAAGAGAGAAUCAGGACACUUCAGUGGUGGAUAACGAGGGCGGAAAAGAGUCUGUCAAAGGAAAGAAGGACUUUGUGGAAAAGUGUGAUGACAGAACAGGGAAAGUUUCAAAGAACAGUCAGAGCUUGUCUUGUCCAAAGUGUGCAUUCAACUGCAACACGAAGAGGGAAUUAGACGGUCACAAAAAGAAAGGCUGCUUUGAACGCCUGCACUGCCAGCAGUGUUCCUUCACCUGUAAACAGGACACAUGCAUAGAACAACAUGUGUCUCUAAAACACAAAGGUACACAACCUCACUGUUGUCGAUACUGUCCCUUCAGCACCACUAGGCGCUAUCGCUUGGAAGAGCACGAGUCUCUUCACACGGGGAUCGGACGUCACAGCUGUGGGAUCUGUGAUAAAACCUUUGGAACUGUGACUAAACUGCGUCAACACAAGACACGCAUCCACGACAAGCAGCCGUCACACUUCUGCUCCCUCUGUGACUUCAGCAGCUACACACUGGACGACGUCAGGCGGCACAAUCUUAGAUGCCACACAGGCGAGCAGCAGCAUCCUUGCACUCACUGUGAUGCUGAGUUUAGUUCAGAGAUUGCGUUGAGAAACCACUGCAAACGUGUGCACAAGCUCCAGGCCUGUUUCUCAUGUAAGCAGUGUGACUACACGUGCAGCAGUGAGGCCACACUGAAGAGCCACCAGGAAAGCAGGCACCCACAGGUGAAGUGCAGCACCUGUCAGGAAGCUUUUGAGACCAAAGAAAGCCUCGAGAUCCAUCAAAAGACCCACCUGGCUCAUCGGUGCCAGCUGUGUCCCUUUGCUGCCAAAACAAAGCAGCUGUUAGCUCAACACCUCCUGAAUGAACACGAGGACGGGUCUCCAGAGAACAAACCCCUCAGGUGCAGUGCCUGUCAGUUUGCUUGUCGGCACCAGCUGGUGUUGGAGCAGCACCUGCGCUCACACGGAGGCAAACGCCUGUACAAAUGCACAGACUGUGAAUAUUCAACGCGGAACAAGCAGAAGAUCACAUGGCACAUCCGCAUACACACAGGGGAGAAGCCGUACAGCUGUGAGCAGUGCAGUUACAGCUGCACGGAUCCAUCCAGGCUGAAGCUUCACAUGAGGGUUCACCAAGAGGAGAAGAAGUAUCUCUGUCCAGAGUGCGGCUACAAAUGCAAGUGGGCAACUCAGCUGAAGUAUCACAUGACCAGGCACACAGGAGACAAGCCGUAUGCCUGUGAUGAGUGCGAGUACCGCACCAACAGAGCCGAUGCUCUCCGUGCUCACCGGGACACCCAGCACUGUGACCUCCGACCUUUUGUCUGUGAGAAAUGCGGCAAAGCCUUCAAGACUAGUUUUGUGUUGAAGACCCACCAGCGUCAGCACAGCAGCGACCGGCCGUACACUUGUGGAUUGUGCAACAAGGCCUUCAGGUGGCCUGCAGGUCUCAGACAUCACUUCCUCUCACACACCAAGCAGCAGCCUUUCUGCUGCCGACACUGCUCCUACAGAGCCAAGCAGAAGUUCCAGGUGGUCAAACAUUUAAAGAGGCAUCACCCAGAGAUGCCAGCAGAGCAGGGGGUAGUGAGGGACUCGGAGGCUGUGAGUCUGACCCUGAAGGAGGCUCUACAGGGGAGGCAGGAGGAGAGAGAGGUGGAGGAGGAAGAAGAGGGGGAAGAAGGGAUGGUGGACACGGAACAGGAAGAAGAUGAAGAUGUUGAAAAAGAGGAAGACUGUGAGAAGUAACUCCUAUAAGAAGGUGUGACAAAAUGAUUGUCACAUCUGUCAGGAUCAAUUAUUGAGAGCUUGAUCAGAUUGAUGCUGUAACAGGAUAAUGAUCAGUUUGUGUAAGUGAGGGGGCUUCUGAAGAAAAGAAGCAAACUUGUUAAUGACAAAUAACUAUAUAUUUUUUAUCUUUAGUGAUGUAUUAAUAUGACAGAUUUAUAUAUUGUCCACACAUUUGAUCAUGACCUUUGAUGUGUUGCUUUAACUGUUCCUGCAGCUUGGUGCCAUUAAAUCCUUUAAAUCAACAACAUACACACUGAAUAAAUGAAGGAUGAAUGAGACAUAAAAGUUUGUCAAUGACUGAAUU